AUCCCAGGCCACUAGGGCUCUCGGAGGUAGGACAGAAUAUUGCAACUUUCGUCGGCAAGAACAGAUUCUGAAAACCGAAAAGGGUAAAUAAAGAGGCCUCGCCAGAGCCAAGUCGUCGUCUUGCUUGCCAAUCUAUCGCUGCACGCCUGCACCAGAACACGGACGAAGACGCGACGAAGAAGCGAUGGGCGUCACCAAGGAGGAUGUCGAGGCGGCCAUCACCUCCGCUCUCAACCCUUCCCAUCUCGUGGUGACGGAUACAUCUGGAGGGUGUGGUGCCAGCUACGAGAUUGACGUGGUGUCGGAGCAGUUCGAAGGGAAGCGGCUACUGGAGCGGCACCGGAUGGUGAACGCCGCGCUGGCGCCUCACAUGGCGCAGAUCCACGCCGUCUCCAUCAAGAAGGCGCUCACCCCGGCGCAGGCCCAGCCCCAGCCGGAGCCGGCUGCCGAUGAGGCCCAGGCCUAAGUGCUUAACUCGCUCUAAACAGUUCGAAUGUUCGAUCACCUAUGCAGAGGCAAGUUAUGCAUAACGCAUCUGUGUAGCAUGUGGUCUCUGAUACUGGAAGUAUGCAUUAAUUCUCUGCUUGAAUAAUGUAGUGGAUGCAAUUGCAGAAUUGCAGGAUGUUAUGCUUGACUGCUUCGAAAUUUCUGCAGUAUGCACUUAACUUCUGAGGUUC